AUGCUAUACUCCUUCACUACAUGCCAACAAAUUUGCACGGAUCAGGAUUACGAGUUCACGUAUACAAACUGCGAUGAGAAAGGAGAGAGAUGGAGGGUUGCAGUUCCACAUAGUGGAAUGCAGUGCUCGAAUCUGCCAACUCCGAGGAGAGGAUGGAAUUGCUCGUUCUCGUGUGAACCCGGUCACUACCUCGACCUAGACAGCCAACACUGUCGUCCCUGUAACCCUGGAUUCUUCAGUUUGGGUGGUGGUAUCAGAUACGAGGAGUUUGUCACGUUUUGUAGUGGAGUGUCCGAAAGAGACGUUCUAAUAGUAUACAAUAAGACUGAAGAAUCAACAAGAUUCUUUGAGAAGAAGUAA